AUGAGAGAAAUACUCAGGAGUCAAGCCACACCGAGAUGCACAUCUACAGGGGAAAAGACCGUUCCUACUGACGAUAAUUGGAAGGAUGCGCCUCAACCGCCUGAACCGCCUCCCACUACGACGGAGGCAUCACUGACCCUCAUUCCUCCCGUCUGGAAUGCCAUGGUCCCAGCUGGUCUUCCCAAAGACAAGUGCAUGUACAAACACGGCAAUGUCCCUCCAAGUCCCCUUGACUUGGAUGACGGGCAACCUCGCAGCUACAAGCUUAUCGGUUGGAUGCCAACCGAGAAUGAGACGCUACAACCACCAGCUACCCCGUGCUACCUCCCUCACCUUGGACUGAUACAAAAGUAA